AUGGAUUAUCAGAAUCGCGUUGGGUCCAAGUUUGGCGGCGGAGGUGUCGCGGGCGCGUCAGAGACAAAUGUCGAUCGUCGAGAGCGGUUGAGAAAGCUUGCAUUGGAGACGAUUGAUUUGGCAAAGGAUCCGUAUAUUCUGAGGAAUCAUCUUGGGUCAUUGGAAUGCCGUCUGUGUCUCACGCUGCAUACCAAUGAGGGCUCUUAUCUCGCGCACACGCAGGGUAAGAAGCAUCAGACAAAUCUCGCCCGGCGUGCUGCCAAGGACAUGAAAGAAUCCUCGCUCUCUGUCGCACCUCCUCCAAAUACCGUCCAACGCAAACUCUUUCUGCGAAUUGGCAGACCGGGAUAUCGAGUGACCAAGAUUCGAGAUCCUGACGGUACGGGUGGAGAGCCGAGAGCAGAGGGGUUGCUCGUCCAAGUCUACUUGCCGCAGAUCAAGGACGGUGUCAUCCCGCGCAAGAGGAUCAUGAGCGGUUGGGAGCAGAAAAAGGAACUCCCGAAUCGCAAUCACCAGUAUCUCAUCGUAGCAGCAGAACCUUAUGAGACGAUUGCGUUCAGGAUUCCACCGAGGAGAAUCAUGGAAGAGGACGAAGACCAGUUUGGUUGGACAUGGUCCCACUGGGACAAGGACACGAAGCAAUUUAGCUUCCAGUUCAUGUUUGCAGAGUAG